AUUGAUUAGCAUUGAUUUGAUUCAAAGCAUUGAAUACAAUGUGUGUUGAGAUUUAAAAUACAUUGAUUUAAAUGCCAUUUUUGUAUUGAAAGGACAUUUAAAAAUAUAUUUGUAACAAAAGUUGACAAAACAAACACCACUUCUCUCUCAACACUUCACACAAUUCACAUGAAUUAGUGCUCAAACUGUUUGAGUCCAACAAAUUGUGCUCUAUUUUAGUGGCAAUCGUUUUGAACUGAUUUUUAAACUCAAUUUGUUAUCAAUUCAUAAAAUUGAUGUGAAAUACAGAUAAUAACCAAACGAUUGAUUGUAUUAUUCAUAACUCGUUUCAUAAUAACUAUAAUAGCGAUGGAAAUGAGUAUCAAAUGGGAGUUAAAAGAGAUGUUUGAUUCACUCAUAUCAGCGCCGAAAUACCAUUUGGCUCUCGAGGGAUGUCUUGUGAUGUGUGUCUUAUGGCUGUUGUUUCACAAGAGCUAUAAACCCGAGUCCACUAAACUCACCGAAAAGGAGAAGGAAGAGCUGAUCGCCGAAUGGACGCCCGAACCACUGGUUCCCGACACCCCUUCAGACCAUUACGCACUCAAUCCACGGAUUGUGACCUCGAAGUUAGGCAAACGUAUU